UCUCUCGAACUCUCGCGAAUCUCUCAAUCGGGAGGAGAUGGAAAUCAAAGGAGAUUCGAAUCUCCAUCAGAGAAGAUUGAAUCGGCGGCUUCUUGUGUUGAUUUCUUGACAAAUCCUGGCCACGGGCAUCUUGGUUUUUGAGAAGCUGAUGAAAUUAGAGCCUCAUGAAAUUGAAUGGAAGCAUUUAGAAGCGCUUUGUUACGAGACAAUGGCACAACUGAUCACGUUUGAUCAGAAGCUUUGCACGUAAUGUGUUUAAGUGGAUGUUUAGUAGAAAUUGUGUUUUCUUUUUUUCUUGGUUGGUAAUAGAAUAGUAGUGCCUUGAUUUCGAUAUUGCAGAAGGAUUCACGUUUGAUCUUGUCUUAUUUCUUGCAAUGGUAAUGCAUAAGACUCAUGACUCCUCUGUCUUUGAUAUCUCAUGUAAGCUAUGGAGGUUGCUCGACAAGGAAACCGAGUAACUGAGGAGAGAAACAUACAAGUCUUGAUUGGUCAAAUGCAUGUGGUCAAGGGUCAAUUUGAAGAAGGUCUAAAGGUAUUUCAACAGAUGGUCCAAUGUCCCUCCAUGCUUGCUGCUUCAGGUGUUUACACACCAAGGUGCUCACUGAAAAAGUCCCCAGCUUGGACUGAUACAUUGCAGUUCCACACAGGGUACAUAGAAUCUGAGAUUAUGGACUGCUCAAAGCUUCUUGCUUUUCUUCACUCGAGAUGCGGUGAGAGCAGGCUACGUGCAGUGUACAAGAAGUACUGAAAGGCCGAGAAUGGAGGUGUAGCUUUGGUUUCAGCAGCCAACUCUCUCUUGAGCGCUGCUUCUGAUUUAAAAAUUUGAGGUAGUUAAUAUUUUAAAUAGUUAAUAUGUGAAGAAGCAUGCUUCUUCUUGUUGGGUUUAGACAGCUUCUUCUUAUUGGGUUUUGACAAAGGUAGUAGUGUUAGCGACUUCUUCUUAUUGGGUUUUGACAAAGGUAGUAGUGUUAGCGACUGUGGUUCCAACUGUGGUUCCAAAAGCCAUUCCUCAUGUGAACCCACUAAAAAAUGUUUUGAUUUCAAA